CGCGUUAUUGCGUUAAGGGAAACCGGAAGCAGUCUGUUUGGCUAGAUGUCAAGUGGAGCUGCCACGGAACAAUGUGUUGAACUUUCCUUCAACAAUGGAGUCCUGGCAGUUGAGUGUUCAUUUUUGAUGGCCGUUUGAUGAGUUAAGACGCGUGCGACGAUGAUGUCAGAAUGCGACCCGACGGAGACCUGCGAGCCCGUAACAGCCUCGGUGUCCGCGCCGGAGUCCAACUUUCUCCCGGUGCGACCCGCCAGCUUGUUCGGGCAGAAGGUGGCGGGCUCGGGGCUGCGGGGGAACCCCGGGGUCGCUGUGCGAAUUUCCGACUCCCUCGAAAGCGUCCUGACCGAGCUGGAGGCGGAAUGCUCGGGCGAAGACACGAUGCUGCUGCCCUGCCUGCCUGGAAGUUCGUCCCCGCCGAGAGGAGCCAGAGACCAGAGGGGCUGGCGGAACAGACACAGCUCAUCCUCGGAUAAAGACGCCCUGGCCUCUCCAGGUACUAACAAUGGGGACUUCAAUAAUUUCCCCAAUGAUCUGGAGUUUGCAGAUAUCAUCCAAAGGGCGGAACAAGCCAUUGAGAGUGGCGUCUUCCCUGAAAGGAUUUCCCAGGGUUCUAGCGGGAGUUACUUUGUCAAAGAUCCAAAAGGGAAAGUCUUCGGUGUUUUCAAACCAAAGUCAGAAGAACCCUACGGUCACCUGAAUCCUAAAUGGACCAAAUACUUUCACAAGCUCUGCUGUCCAUGUUGUUUUGGGCGAGGCUGCUUGUUGCCAAACCAGGGUUACCUCUCGGAGGCUGCUGCAUCGCUUGUUGACAGCAAGCUCGGCUUGGGAGUUGUGCCAAAAACCAAAGUAGUGUAUUUGGCCAGUGAAACAUUCCAUUACAAUGCCAUAGAUCGAGCCAAAUCCAGGGGGAAGAAGUAUGCGCUGGAGAAAGUGCCCCAGGUGGGAAAACACUUCCACAGAGUGGGUCUACCACCAAAGGUGGGGUCAUUCCAACUGUUCGUGGAGGGUUAUCGUGAAGCCGACUAUUGGCUGAAGCGCUUUGAGGUGGAACCUCUACCAGAGAACAUAAGGAAGCAACUACAGUCCCAGUUUGAGCGGCUGGUGGUGCUUGACUAUGUAAUCCGAAACACAGAUCGAGGGAACGACAACUGGUUGAUCAAGUACGAGAAGCCAGGAGAAGGCGAAGGACUUAAGGAUACGGAGUGGCCAGAGAACAGUCCAAAGCCUUGCAUCAAGAUAGCAGCCAUCGACAACGGCCUGGCAUUUCCCUUCAAACACCCUGAUGAAUGGAGAACCUACCCCUUUCACUGGGCGUGGCUCCCUCAGGCCAAGGUGGCCUUUUCCCAGGAGACCAGAGAGCUGGUGCUGUCCCGUCUAUCGGACAUGAAUUUUGUGCAGGACCUUUGUGAGGACCUUUAUGAGAUGUUUAAGAGAGAUAAAGGUUUCGACAAGGCCAUGUUUGAGAGACAAAUGUCUGUCAUGAGGGGACAGGUGUUGAACCUCACCCAGGCACUUAAAGACGACAAGAGCCCUCUCCAGCUGGUGCAGAUGCCCAGAGUGGUGGUGGAGCGCAGCCGAUCAGGCGAGCUGGGCCGCGUGGUCACACGGGGCAACUUCAUUCAAACCUUCCACUACAAGCGUCCGUUUUUCUCCUCUUGGUGAGAAAGUCCGAGCGUCAGCCAACAUUUUUUUCUUUAAAUGCACAAAGUGAGGAUGAAAUUGGACAUGGCUGAUGACAUUAUGAAUUUAUUUUUGAUGAGCUUUAGCUUGAGUCAGGCUUCGUAAUGUGAUCACAGAGAAGCACACUGUGUCUCCUAAUAUUGGGGUUGCCAUGGUUACUUGAGUGGAUAAUGAGCGUAUAUGGGCUGUGUUUAUUGUUAAGACACACAACAGUUUUUCUACUGUUUUUGUACUCACCCCAAAAACACCACUGUUGUUUCAUCAGUCUAAAAAGUGCAUUUUGAGAACAUAACGUCCAAAAAUAGUCACUUUGCCUUGUUACGGAUGCUCGUUUGAAUUUCAGGAGUGCAUGAUUACUUUCACUUAGGUGAGUUGAAGCACCCUUAUUAACCCAGCAGUCCUAUGUGAGAUCCGUACAACAAAUACAAAGCCUCUUCAACACUCGCCACUGCCAAACUUUCUCUGCCGAAGGAGUUUUCCAAAGCCUCAAGUAAUUGUUGACACUUGAAUACAAACCUCACCAGAGGAGGAGGAAUUACCACGUUGCUUGAAUGUAAUCUGUUUACCGUUAUUACUCUUGAUUCUCGUUGGGAAUCUAACAAAACAUUUCAAUACGAGCAAAUGCUGUCAAAAACUAUCUGAAUGUAAUUGUUUUUGGACGUAUAUUUACACAGCACCAUGCACCCCUGUCACUCCUUUUUGGGAAAUAUUACACAAAGAGGGAUGUCAGUGCUGUGGUGUCUUCUUAUGCAUCUUGACAUUUUUAUUCCAACAUAAUGAUUGUAUGGGCAGAGCUGUAUAUUUAACAGAAUAAAUCGACUUUGGGAAAUAUUA